AUGAACUCUCUUAUACAAAGUGCUAGCACCUUUUUUGAUCGGCCUGGCUUCGACUGGAAAGCCGUCAUUUUGGGCUUUUCUACCGCCAGUUUUGUCUUCGAGUCUUACCUGAAGUAUAGACAAAUACAAAAAGUGGCAAAUGCCAAAGAAGUUUCUCCACAAAUCAAGGACAAAAUUGACAGCGAGACACUUCUGAAAUCUUCCAAGUAUUCCCUGGCCAAACUCAAGUUUUCGCUUGUUGCUUCGUUCUAUUCUCUUGUGCAAAACAUUGCUUUCUAUCAGUGUGACCUGCUGGCGAAGUUGUGGUCGGGGGCCUCGUAUCUGGCGUCUUCGUCUAUUCUUCCGGCAGUCUUUGUCGGCUCUACAAUCACAAAGUCCCUGUUCUUCAUGGGUCAGAUGUCUCUGAUCAGUGUUGUUUUGAAUUUGCCAAUCGAUUACUACUCCAAUUUUGUCAUAGAAGAAAAAUACGGUUUCAACAAACUGACUGUCAAGCUAUGGCUCACAGACACAAUCAAAGAAAUUCUUGUCUUGUUCACCAUCGGUGCUCCAAUUCUUGCUGGUUUCCUGAAAAUUGUUGACUAUUUUGGUGAUCGGUUCAUGUAUUAUCUCUCUGUCUUUCUCUUUGUCGUCCAGAUCUUCCUCAUCAUUAUCUAUCCUAAAUUUAUCCAGCCACUGUUCAAUAAGCUCGAGCCUCUGGCAGACGGUGAGCUCAAAACCAAGAUUGAGCAAUUGGCUGAAAGAAACAAAUUCCCUCUGGACAAGCUGUACGUCAUUGAUGGCUCGAAGAGAUCCUCGCACUCCAAUGCCUACUUCAUGGGUCUUCCAUGGGGCUCCAAGCAAAUUGUCAUCUAUGAUACUCUGAUUGCCUCCUCCGAAGUGCAAGAGGUCGUCGCUGUGCUUGGUCAUGAGAUUGGCCACUGGUUCUUGUCUCACACUACCAAGCUGUUGCUUAUCAACCAGGCCCACAUCUUUGGAAUUUUCACUUUGUUUGCUGCAUUCAUCAACAACAAAUCGCUGUACCAGAGUUUUGGAUUCUACAAAGAGCAACCGGUUAUUGUUGGGUUUUUGUUGUUUGGCGACAUUCUUAAGCCAGUGGACACCAUUCUGGAGUUCGCCAUGAACUUGCUUUCCAGAAAGUACGAGUACCAGGCUGACAGAUACGCAGUGGAGCAAGGAUAUGCUGAGGAGCUCAAGGUGGCACUGAUCACGCUCCACAAGGAGAACCUGAGCUCUUUGGAUGUCGACUGGCUCUUUUCGGCUUAUAACCACAGUCAUCCUCACCUGCUUGAAAGACUGAACUACAUUGACCUCGUCGAGAACGAGAAAAGUGAAAAGAAGCAGGAUUGAUUAAAUAUUCAAUCUACCAGUCGAUCUAUCAUCCUCAUGAUAUUUCGCACAUCUUUUCGCGGAACAAGAAACCACUCUUUAUGCACCCCAGAGUUGGCCGUUUUGCAUCCAUCACAAUAUAAUCUCCCACUGCCAAAUAAGCUUCUAAGUUGCGCAUGCACCUGCUGUUCAGAUCUAAAUGCAUUUGACGCCUUGAAUGCUUGUUCAUUGGAGUCAUAAUUUUUGUAGCUGCGUAAGGACAGGCUCUUGAACCUCUCAAUAAAAUCUGCCAAUUUGUCUCUGUUCGACGAUAACACUCUGUCAACGGUCUGCGGAGUCAAGAGCUGGAAAUCUUGUUGGCACCGUUCUCUCCACUGACUAAGCCGUCGCCUGACCCGUUGCGUGGUGUAACCCACCUUGAUAAGAAUAUGUCGUUUUGGAUCAAAGACUGACGUCUGUGCAAAAUUGAUCUGGUUUUCAGGAUUGGGACCUGCCUGGCGUAGCCAUGUCUGCUUUUUGGGUGAACCAUCAAUUAGAUGCCUCAGGGUAAAUAUGUACACGUAUCCAGCUUUGCCAUUUGGAUCAACCUUAUGAUUUCUAUGGUAUUUGCAAUAUGCUUCUUGCUUUAGUACGAUUUUGCAUCGCUCGCCCUUUGCCGUUGUACCUAAACAACGUUGCAUCCGAAUAAAUUUGAAAAUAAUAUUAUCUUUUUCUAGUCUUUGGAAUUGGUAAACAUGUAGCUUUGCUCCAGCACUUCCUUGGCGCGGUUGAUUUUCAGUGCUAGAUACUCCGAUCCGCCUUUAUCGGGAUGAUUAAGAAGCAUCAUUUUCCGAUGCCGUUUCUUUACAAUAUCAUGUGUAAGAUGAAGUAUCUCAUCGGGCUGGAUUUCGAGGAUCAGUAAGGCUUCCGUCUCAUUCAUCUUUUCGUAAAACCCUCCUUUGUACAUCCAAAAUGGAUCUUUCGAGUCGAUGGGUUUGACCUUGAUGUUAUUCAAGAUAGCAAUCUGCUGGGGUGUCAGACGGAUCAACUUUGAGUAAGCGGAAAGGGCCGACUUGGCCGUCAGGGCGGCAAGCGUGACCCCCACACCGAUAAUAAGAGGCAGCACC